AUGAAUAAUACGAUCUAAAAUAUAAGAAGACCUGUAACUUCUUAAAAUUGUAGAUCCAUAGAAAAGUUGGAUAAAAAAAAUAGUGAUAAACUACCAAAUUUAAGUGAGGUUUUGAAUUUGAAAUUGAAAUAAAAAAGUGAAAAGGAUAUAUAGGAACUUAUAACAAAUUUAGUGAAAAAGGUUCAAUAAUAGAAUUCUGAAUUAGCUUUAAAGGAAAAAUAGAUUUAGCAAUAUGAAUUUAUGAUAAAAUCACUUUAGAUUGCAAUAGAAAAACGAGAUUGUAUAAUCAGUGCUUUAAGGGUUGAAAAAUAGUAAAUUGUUGAAGUUGUUAAUCCACUAAAAACAAUUGUUAAAUCAGAUGAUUCUUCAGUAUAAUAGAGUUUUAGAGGCAAAAAGUCUUUAAGAACCAGAACCAAAGAUACUAAUUUUGAUGAAAAUCUAUCUGCUAUUUUAGAUGCUGAUUAUGGUACAUUGUAUUGUCUAGAUUUAAAGCUUUGUUAAGCUAAUAUGUCAAAUGUUAUGAAGAACUUAGUCAUUUGACUUAAAUAAAAACUCUAGUUUCAAAUGAGGAAUAAUUUCUUGUAAAUAUCUAAAAAAUGGAACUUAGUAAUAUUGUGAAUAUAUUUGAUGCUAUUUAAUUAGUAUUACAUGAACAUAAAUUGUUAUUUAAAAAUGUAAUUAAAUAAAAUAAACUAUUUGAAUCUUGUUUAGAAAUGCAUGAUGUAAAUUUAUAUAAAAUAAAUUAGCAAAUUCCAUUAAAUGAUUAAUUAGAAAAUUUGUAAUCUUUAUUAAAAGAUUGUUUGAAUUGUGAUAAAGUUUAAAUUUAUGUAUUGGACAAUGAAUAAUAGGAAUUGUGGACUAAGAUGAAAGAUAGAGUUUAAAGAAUUCAAUUAAGUGAAGAUAUUAUAGGAGCUUGUUUUUAAGAGAAAGGAAUUAUUAAUGUACAUAAUGCUUACAAUGAUCCUAGAUUCAAAAAAGAUAAUGAAAAAGGAUAUAAAACAAAUACAAUUUUAUUAUGUCCAAUUUUAGAUAAAUAAUAGAAUUCAAUUGGAGUUAUAAUGGCAGUUAAUAAAAUGAAUGGACAUUUUAAUAAUGAUGAUUAACUCUAUAUAACAAAGACUUCAGAAUUAACAUCUAUUUUAUUAAGAAAUCAUCAAUAAUCUAAUGAAUCAAUUAGUAUUUAAAAUGCACUUAGAAAUGUUAUUUAUGUAUUUAAUAAUUCUAUUUUAGGCAUAAUUAUAACUUAUAUAUAUGAAUGAUUUUGAAACCAUUUUAUUUGAGUCUGAAAACUUGUUAAAGAAUCUAUUUCAUACUCAAAAAGGAUUAAUUUAUGUUGUUAAUAAUAAUAGAUUACUAAGAGUAAAUGAAAAAAAAUUACUUGAAAUUUCAUAAUUGGGAGUAGGAAUAAUUGGAGAAGCUCAUAAAAAUAAAGAAUUUUUAUGUAUUUAAAAUGCUUAUAAUCAUAAAUAAUUUAACAGUCUAAGUUUGUAAUUAAUUAAUUGAUAUGUUUAGUUGA